GGCGAGUUAUACGACGCCAAUAAUCUUCCAACGAGUUGGGAUUGGCGCAAGUUCGGUGGCUUGAGUAAGGUUUGGGAGCAGGGUGCGUGCGGUGGGUGCUGGGCUUUUACUACGGCCGCCGCGGUGGAGGGCGUGCACUAUAUUUGGACAAGAGAGGCGGUGACGCUGUCGCCUCAAAUGUUGUUAGAGUGCGAUCCGAUCGAUCAAGAUUGCACGGGGGGUAACAUGGUGACGGGGUAUCAGUACGCGGUGAUGAAGGGGGGCAUCAGCGCCGCGGAAGAUUAUCCAGUGCAUCCGUACACGAUCAAGACGAGCGAAGUAGGGCCUUGCAGAUCGAACACGGCUCGCAAACACGCAGCGUCGAUCGACGACUAUAUCGUCCUCGAAAACACGUGGGACGACUUGAAAUCGGCAAUUUACAUGCAACCGGUGUCCGUCGCCGUCAACGCGAUGGGCGAGCACUUUAGAUUCUACUCUGGCGGCAUCCUCACGUACGAUCAGUGUCAACCGGAUUGGGCCAACCAUCCAAACUUGAUCAAUCACGCCGUCGUCGCCGUCGGUUUCGGCUACGAUAAAACGCUGGAUAUGGAGUACGUCGUGAUAAAGAACUCUUGGGGCACGCAGUGGGGUGAAAAUGGUUACGCGCGCAUCGCGUUGCAAGGCGGCGAGCUCAACGCGACGUGCGGUUUGCUCAUCGAGGCUGUCGCGCCGUUGAAACUCAGC